GAGCUCGCCGAGAGACACGCUGUCAAACAUGGACGAGCAGGUUCGGCAUCAGUUCGAACUGCUGAGGCAGGAGUUCGCGGCUCAAAUAGGUCAGGCAGCCGACGAGAUGAGGAGGCUGGAGAACGAGAAUCAGCGUCUUCAGCAGCAGGUGGCAGGAGGCCUCGCGGCAAUCCCGCAGGCGAUCGAGCGGAUGGGCGAGCAGAUCAGAGGCGCGACGAGCGCGGGUGGAGCCGUUCAAGGUCUCGUAGACACCAAGGGGAUCGGCAAGCCCACGACGCUGGGCGACGACCAAGAGAAGUUCGGCGCCUGGAAUCGCAAGAUGGAGAACUACGUGAUCGGCGUGUACGGAGAGAGUUUUCGCCCUGUUCUUCGGUGGGCAGCCGAAGCCGAACGCCCCGUGACGAUCGAGGGAGCUCGGGCGGUGCACGACGGAGUUCCAGAGCUGGAGACCAAGGUCAACCAGCUGUACGCGGCGCUGAUCAGCACGACGGCGGACGGCAGCGAGAGCAACGACCUCGUGACGGGCGCCCCCGACGGGAACGGUCUCGAAGCCUGGCGGAAGCUCCACCGCAGGUGGGAUCCGACGACAGGCCCGAGGAAGAGGCUGAUCCUGAGGUCGAUCAUCUCGCCUCCGAAGUGCAGCGCGGACGAGCUGGGGUCCGCCUUAGAGAAGUGGAUCCAGCAGAUAGGCAGGUACGAACGCCGCCAAGGAGAAGAUGGUCUGGCCGAGCUGCCGGAGGAUAUCAAGAUGGCGGCCCUCGAGAUGCUCGUGCCUCAGGACAUCGAGAACCACCUCGUACUCAACAAGCAUCGGCUCGUAACGUUCCAGGACAGUCUGAACGAGGUAAUGACGAUCGUAGAGGCUCGGACCGGCGUGAAGAUCAAGGCGGCAGGCAGCCUGGAGGAGGAGCCUGAAGCGGAGGUCGCCGCUCUGGACAUGGGCAGCUUGGACUGCCUGGAGCUCGCCAGCGGCAGCGGCCGCGGCGUAGCGGCGGUCGACCUCUCCCCCUUCGCGCAGGACGACUGGAUGAAGUUCAACUGGGACAGCGGUGCAGCUAUCUCAGCAUUCCCUCGGAGCUUCGCGCCGCCGACGGGAAUGAAGGGCAACGGCAGCACGUAUCGUACGGCCAGUGGUGAGCUCGUCCCGGACGAGGGCAGCUUGCAGCUCAAGGCGGAGGACGAGUACGGAGUGCUACGAGCACUCAAGGGACGCGUGACGAACGUGCACAAGCCGUUGAUCUCGGUGGGGCAGGCAGCAGGAGCUGGACAGUGUUCAUUCCUGGGUCGCAAUGGCGGCUGGAUAUUCCACGAGAAGAGCCCAAUCGGCAAGCGCGUGGUAGGCAUGCUCGAGAAGGAGGCGAAGGCGGCGAAGCACCAGAUGCUGCCGGUCUAUCGCGAGCAGGGCGUCUACAACUUCUACCUCAAGAAGGGCCAACAUGGCUCGGUUGCUCCUCUCGAGGAGGGACUUUCGGCGAAGUCGAAGUCCGAGCUAGUGGAGCUCCUCAGCGGCAAGUCGAAGGAGGAGCUGCUGGAGAUCCUCGAGAAGACAGACGACGAGACGGCGGUGCCGGUGGUCUCGUCCGACUACGCCUUCAUGGGCCAGGACGACGCGGACACCAUGCCGAUGCUGGUACUUAGGGAUCGGCGCUCGAAGAUGAUGGCAGCGACAUUCGUGGAGAAGAAGGGCGACGACGCCUACGCCAUCAAGUUCUUCGCACGCUUCUUGCGGAUCCUGGGCUACAGGAAGAUCGUCAACAAGUCCGACGGCGAGCCGGCGAUCCUGUUGGUCAAGAGGCGUGCGGUGGAGGAGGUUCCUGGCCUCGAGGCCAUUCCCCAGGAGUCGGCACCGGCCGAUCAUCAGGCCAAUGGGGAGAUCGAGGUCACGGUGCGCGAGAUUAAGAAGCAGGUGCGGGCGCUCAAGAUGGACCUGGAGUCCAAGCUGGGCGUCAAGGUGGAGGACAAGCACCCGGUGCUAGCGCACCUGCCGGAGCACGCCGCAUCGGUAAUCAACCGAUACCGGCGCGGCCAGGAUGGCAAGACCGCUCUCCAGCGGCUCACGGGACGGCAGUGGAGGAAGCCGGUCCCGCUCUUCGGCGAGCGCUUGAUGGCGCGGUUCGCCGGGGAGCGCGCGAGGAAGAACGCGCUGGAGGAGCAGAUGGUGGAGGCUCGCUACAUCGGCCACCACCCGCGCGACGGCUCGAUGAUGGUCAUCACGAGCGACGGCGCGAAGAAGGCGGUAGGCUUUCGCAGCCUGCCGCAGAGCGAGAAGUGGAUCACGGCGGGCUGGGAUGGCCUGAAGGGCCUGCCGUGGGACGUGGCUCCGCGUGCGGCAAGCGCGCCGCGGGCCAUCGUCGGACCUGGAGAGGUCGGACCGCCACCAAUUGUGGUGGUGUCGCCGCAGCCGCAGGCGCCGAGGAGGAUGUACGUCCUCAAGGCGGACGUCGAGCGGCUGGGCGCAACGCCGGGAUGCCCAGGGUGCGUCUCGAUCGCCAAGCACGGCAAGGUGCUGGCUGGCCAUGCGCACAACGCGGUGUGCAGCAAGAGAAUCUUCGAAGCGCUGGACGCUGAGGAGGCAGGCCGGGAGAGGGACCCCUCCGCCGAAGACGGCUCGGAGGAUUACAGAGCCGGUGGCAGCGGCGGCGGCGGCAUCGGCCGCGCCGGCCGCGACCCGAUCGGCAGCAGCGCCAGCCGCGGCAGCCGCAGCGGCGCGCAUGCGAGAGAGCCAGCCGGUAGCAUCGGGCUCCGGCCUUCAGGAGGAGCGAGCUCCAGUUCGGGAGCAGCGCGAGCGGCAGAGGCCGCCGAGGAUGUCGACAUGACCGCGACCAGGUCGCGGCUGAAGCGCUUGGCGGAGGUGGCCCCGGAUGACGUGCCGGAGGCCCUCGAGCGCGGUGAUCCACAGCCGGCAGACGUGCCGGUACCGGUGGACAUGGAGGAUCUCGCGGCGCAGCCGGCGCCAGCGGAAGGACCUCAGCUGCCAGCUGGAGUGGCAGUCGUGUGGAACGCCAGUGAGGGGAGGCACAUGCGGGUGCUCGCCCUCGAUGUGGCGUCGAUCGAGCUGGUUGAGCUCGGAGUGCUGACGAGAGCGAAGGCGGAGUUGCUCCCGCUCGUUCGCGAACAGGUCAGCGGCCAUUGGGCCAGCGUCGGCGUGGACAUCGCCGACGAAGAGGUGGACAGCAUCGCCCUAUCGGCGUUGCAGCUGGGCGCCGUGGACGUGGCCGAGGUGUACUCGCCACAUCGGUUCUCGGCUCGGGCAGCGGAAUUUCAGCUGCGCCCGGGCUUCGCGGCGGACCUGGAGGAACUCAAGGAGGACGGGACGCCGUGGGACUUGCGGCGCCCCGAGGAUGUCAAGGAGCUCGAGAAGCAGCAGGAGCGGAUGGAUCCCAUCCUGCUCACGGGGUCCCCUCCAUGCGAGAAGUUCAGCUUGCUGAGGGGCCUGAGCGCCAAGUUCAGGACCGAUGAGCAGGAGGCGGCUGAGAUGGAGGAGGCCAGACACCACCUGAAGGUGGCAGUCGACGCCUACUGGCGUCAGCUCAGGAAGCCAGGCAGGUACUUCCUGCAUGAGCAUCCCUGGAGCGCGCGAUCGUGGAAUGAGGACAUCGUCAAGGAGCUGGUCGCGCAUCCAGGAGUCUUCACGGUCAAAGGCCUCAUGUGUCGGUGGGGCAUGAAGCUCACGAACCCACGCAGUGGUCAGGAGGAGUUCGUGCGCAAGGAGACCGGAUGGGUCACCAACCAUCCAGGCUUAGCCCGGAGGCUGCAGGGCACUUGCAGCAAUGUGGACGGCCGCGCGGAAUGGCAUCGCCACAUCACGCUCGUGGGCGGCAUCGCGCGGUUCGCGAAGGUCUAUCCACCGAAGUUGGUAGAGGCGGUGCUGGAGGAGCUCAAGGACACGCUGAAUGACGUGGGAGAGCUCAGCACCGCCCAGGUGCAGCAGUCGGGCCCAGUCCCUGUGGACGCGGCAGUGCCGCCCGGGGACUGGACGAGUUACUGGGACGACGUCAAUGGCGGCUACCUGGAGGCGGGCCUUGUGGCCCAGGCUCGCGCGGUCGAGCGCGAGUGGGUCAAGAAGCAGGAGCUGAUCGAGAUCGUCCCGAGGUCUCAGGCUUUCGCCGAGACUGGGCGUCCGCCCAUCCCACUCAAGUGGGUCGACACGAACAAGGGUGACGCGGAGAGGCCCAACUACAGGAGCAGGCUCGUCGUGAAGGAGAUCAAGGCGAAGAAGCGCCCCGACGAGCAGCUGGAGGCGUCCGAGGUCUUCUCGGCCAUGCCUCCUCUGGAGGCCAUGCGGUCGCUGGUCUCGCUGAUGGUCACGUGGACGCGGGAAGCACCGCUCCACAUUCAGGAGUCGCUUCGCAAGAAGGGCAGGAAGCCGGGCAACUUCAAGAUCGGCUUCUUCGACAUCAGCAGGGCGCACUUCUACGGGAAGGCGCAGCGGAGGAUCUUCGUAGAGCUGGAGGAGGAGAGUCGCAAGGAGUACGGCGAGGACAAGUGCGGCCUACUCCUCAAGUCCUGGUACGGCACGCAGGACGCCAGCAAGAUCUGGCAGGGCGAUUACACGGAGCUGCUGGAGGAACACGGCUACAAGGCGGGCGUGUCGUGCCCAGCGGUCUUCUACAAGGAGGUGGACGAGACGAGGCUGCUGGGGCACGGCGACGACUUCGCGGUGCUGGCUCAGCAGCAGGACAUCGACAGCUUCGAGGCCACGCUGGGCAAGAAGUACGAGUUCAAGAAGACUGCGAACCUAGGCUUCGACGAGGGCGAUGACAAGCAGGCGGUCUUCCUGAAUCGGGUCAUCGAGGUCAGCGCGGGAGUUCCGCCUGGCGGUGGCCGGCCCUGCCGGCAUGCGAUGAUCGAGCCGGACAAGCGGCGCGCGGAGAUCGUGAUCGACGAGUUGGGUCUCAGCAAGGCCAACGGCGUGGACACGCCGAUGGAGAAGCGCAGCGCCGACAAGCAGAUGAUGGAUGCGAAGUCGGCGGCGUUGGGAGCAGCGGAAGCUUCGCGCUUCCGAUCCCUCACCAUGAGGGUGGCCUACCUGUCUCAGGACAGGCUGGACUUGGCAGAGGCAUCGAAGACGCUCGCUAGGUCCAUGCAGACGCCAACGGAGGCGAGUUGGCUCAUGCUCAAGAGGGUUGGCCGCUACCUCAAGCGGCAUCCUAGCACGGUGACGGUUUUCACGGAGCAGAAGAUGUUCGACAAGAUCCGGGUGUACGUGGACUCCGAUCAUGCGGGCUGCGCAGUCACCCGGAAGAGCACCGGAGGCUUCGUGGCGAUGCUGGGGCAUCAUGUCGUCAAGCAUGGCAGUAAUCUGCAGUCGACGGUUUCUUUGAGCAGCGGAGAGAGCGAGUACUACGCCCUGGUGAAGGGCGGGAGCGUGGGCCUGGGCCUUCACAGCCUCUUCGCGGACUGGGGGCUGGACCUGAAGGUAGAGCUCGCCUCGGAUUCAUCGGCGGCCCGGGGCCACGUCCAACGGCGGGGUCUCGGGAAGAUGCGACAUGUUCAAUCACGAUACUUGUGGAUCCAGGAGCGCGUGGGCAAGGGCGACCUCUCGAUCGCCGCGGUUCCUGGUAAGAACAAUGUCGCGGACGUGCUGACCAAGAGCGUGGGUGGAUCCCUUUUGAGGAGACACAUGGCGACGCUCAACAUCUGGGAUCGGACGCCGAGUUUGACUCAGAAG